AUGCUCGCUUACCAAAAGAAAACGGAAGGCGACAACGAGCCAAUCGGACUCGCCUACGACCGAGACGCCGGCCGCGAUCUUGGGGCUCGACGGGGGCCCGUGGUCGAUCUUCCCCACCACGCCGAGAUCUCGGGCCUACAGCCCCCAGAUGAAGACGCAGCGUUCUCUCGGAGGCCAAUUCCGCUCGUACGCCGGGACCGUCGCGGCAUGCGCGAUGACACCCUCUCGGAUGACGCCGUCACAACACCAUACCUCGACUCCAUACCACCCGCUCGCACAAACGAGCCCUUGUUCGCACCCACGCCUACCCCCACACCCGCACCUCCCCGAACUCACCUCGACAUCCUACCGGUCCCCGGCUCAGAAAAGCGGCUAAUACAUCACUGGGUCACGUUUACCAGCGGCAAGCUCGUACUCUUAGACGAGUCCCACAACCCCUGCCGGUCCCUCAUGCUCCCCAUGGCCCUGCGCGGCCUCACCUCCGGCUCGGACAGCUCCAACGCCGACAUUGGCACGUUCCAUGCCAUCUGCGCCUGCGCCGCGUUCAACCUCUACGAGCUCGGGGGCCGCGCCCGCGAGCAAGACUACAUGCUCGCCCUCCACCACGAGGAGGAGGCCAUCCGCCACCUCCGCACCAGCCUCAGCGGGGUGGAUCAGCACCUCAAUCAAUCCUUUGCCAUGGCCAUCAUGGCGUGCAUCACCAUCGAGGCCAUCUCCGGCCGCACGUGCCGUUGGCGAAUGCACGUCGCGGGCGGCAUCGCCUACCUGGAAAGGCUUCAAUCCAGCAGCAGUAUCGCGUCCGACUUCCAGUCGCACAUCGUAUCGAUGGCGAUCCUCUGCGGAUACGAGCUCCUUCCUAAAGAGUAUCGACCGGAUGAACAGGCUCGCGGCAGCAAAGAACUCCCCGAGAUGAGGGAGCUGGAUGCGUUCGAGCUGCAGCUGUACCUAGACUUCCCCGCCGGCAGCAGCAAGCCGGGGCUAUCCAAGAAGCACUCUCUGAUGGUGCACCACAUGGCCCAGGCGUUCUACUACGCGACCCUCGUCUUUUUCAAAGGCAGCGCGGGCUCCAUCAUGAUGUGGCCGGCAUUGGUCCUGUCGGCGGAGUGCGGGGACGCGAGCCUGCAGAAACGUGUGCUCGGCUGGUUCGGGCAGAAGCAGAAGCUAGGCUUUCGGAACCUGGCCAUCGUCAAGGACAUGGUACGGGAGUUGUGGGAUCGGCGGGCCAAGGGUGAGGAGGCGCUGGACUGGCGGGAUCUUAUCAACGAGGAGCGCUUCGACGUGUUCCGACUCUAG